UUCUAAUCAAUUAAUUAACAAUUUUAAAAUAUUUAUUUUACUUUUUCUUUUAGUAAAACAAGAUGCAACUAUUAUUAAUAUUAUUCGCAAUUUCCCUGAUUUUACCGUUCAUCGAAGGAUAUGGAAGAGGUGUUUCUUCGGGCAUUUCGGCUUUCAUAGAAUCUAACAACAAUUUCGCCUUUGCUCUGUACAAGGAUCUUCUUAAAGAGAAGAAUCUUGUAAUUUCUCCAUGGAGCAUCUCUAGAGGUUUGGCUUCGAUUUAUCUGGGAGCUCAAAAUUAUACUAAACGAGAGAUGGAAGAAGUUUUGUUUAAGAACGAAGCUGGUGUUACUGGUAAGGAAAUGAUUGUGAGCUACGGGCAUUUAGAACGAUUACUUAAGAGAAAAGCGCAAGUGGAUCUUACUACUUUCAAUGCUGCCAUGAUACAACAGGAAUCACCCGUCUCCGAAACAUAUAAACAUCGAUUAUUUCAUUAUUUUAAUUCGAUUUUAUAUGAUUUAGAUAUGGCCAACCACGGGAAAUUAGUUAGAGACUGGAUUAAUAUAUUAGUGGAGAUAAAAACUAAUGGGUUAAUUAAAGAUAUUCUUACUAAAGUUCCUACUUCGGAUACCAUUCUUCUGCUUCUCAACGGUAUUCACUAUAAAGGAGAAUGGGUGCAGAAAUUCGACCCCGAGUUAACCACAGUGUCGACUUUUUAUAAUAUAGAUAAGGUUCCUGUUCAAGCAGCUAUGAUGCUGUCCACUUCAAAUUUUACUUAUAGAUACAGUCAUCUGGACGACGUUCACGUGCUUCGAUUGCCGCUGCAAGGAAAAUUUGCCAUGACUUUCGUUAUGCCGGGAGAAAACGGGUCACUAGAAGAGGUGGGCAAAACUCUUAAUUACAAAACUUUGCAGAGAAUCAUCAGCGAGGAAGCAACCCCAAAGAUGAUUAAGCUAUCCUUGCCAAAAUUCAAAUUGGAGAGUAAGGAGGAUUUGGCCGAGGCUUUGAUAGAUUUAGGCAUGCACACCCUUUUCUCUCCGGUUAAUGCUGAUUUGGGAGGGAUCGAUCAGAAUAAAGGUUUAUUUUUGAAGGACGUAAUCCAUCAAGCAACCGUAGAAGUGAGUGAAGAAGGCGUCGAAGCUGCAGCUACAACUCUUCUUGGUGUAGAAAGCAGAUUAGGAGCCAUUUAUAUCCCUUUCAAUCGUCCCUUUAUGUUCUUGAUUGAAGAUUUGGAUACUGGUUUAAUCAUCUUUAUGGGCCAUUUAUCGGAUUGCACGAAUGUUUGUGCAGUUCCUGCUUCAGAUGAUCAGCAAAAAUUAAACAGUGACUCAUUUUAAAACUAAACACAAGUAUUUUACUGGUAGAUUUCUACGCGCAGCUCGACAUACGAAUGUACUACACAUUUUUUUUACAGUUAUAAACAGUAUCUAUUCAUUGUAGGAAAAGGAAUUCCAUUUUGUAUAUUUUGAUCAUCAAAGUUUUGCACCAAUAAUAAUAAAAAAUAAAAAUCGAAUU